AUGGAGAAAGGCUGGAAUCCUCCUCCGUAUGGCUGGGGUAACGCGCAUACGACCCAACCACCACCAGCUGCUCCUCCUAGCUACUCGCAAGCUGUAGGGGGUGUUGGUCCUUCAAGCCCUUACACUCCUCAGUAUCCUCCAUCCUCAGGGCCUUCGAUAGUGACUACAGUGGUGCCAGUCGGUCCUCAUCCCACCCACAUGAUCUGCCCUAGCUGCCAUGCUGAAAUAGAUACAGCCACUCAGACUAAACCAGGCCUAAUUGCUUACAUUUCUGGAGCCAUCAUUUGUCUUGUGGGUUGCUUCUUCGGAUGCUGCCUUAUCCCAUGCUGCAUUGACAGCUGCAUGGAUGUGCAUCACAAAUGCCCUAACUGUGGAGCUUACCUUGGCCGCUACCGACGAUAA